AGCUCCUUUCCCAUGGAGCAAAGGCAGUAACUGGAGUCACCUCUCAGUCUCUGGUUUGGGUUUCUUCAGAGUUCAUACUGCAGUAAAUUAAUCCACAGGACAGCUCAGCAAAUUCUUACUCAGAUGAGAUUCAGGAGUUCCAAGAGCACGAAUACUUAAUCCUAUGUGCCAGACCACCUUUUCUGUAGCAAUAUUCUGAAUUCUUCAGAUUCCUUCAGCAUUUUCUUUUCCAGCUUAGUCUUCCUUUUUCUGGACAAGAGGUGAUAUGAAAUCUAGCCUGCAUCCCAGUUGAUGUUAAUGGUGGUAGUUUCUUUGAUUUUAAGGAAGGAACAGGAUCACUCCCUACCGUCAGAAAUGCUUUUGAGUCUUUAUUAAAGUUCACAAGACAUCCUGGAACCUGUAACUCCAGGGGAAUAAAUAAACACAGUAAAUGGGCUUUACCACCCUCCUAUCACUGCCUUUUUGAUAGAACUUCAUUUACGCUUUUGAAAAAACAAAAAUGCAUAUCGCUUCUUUUAGUUUCUCUAAUUUUUAAGACUACUGAGUGAAAGCACUCAAAUUUUGGAGUUCACUGCUCAGCAGUUUGUUGCUGGUGCUCGGGACCUGUCAGGAAGGGAGGAUGCAGCCCUGCUUUUGCCAUCUUCUCUCUCUGCGUUUGCCCUCUCUCAGACCCUGCAUUCGCAACGCAUGCACGUAUGUUGGGUAGAGACCGAAUAAGAGGUAUCCAAAACUGAUCCCUCACCAAAGAGAGAGAUGCCCACUAUGAUUCUCUUCAACGUGGUGUUUGCACUAAGGGCCAACGCAGAUCCAUCCGUGAUAAACUGCUUACACAACCUCUCCCGAAGAAUCGCCAUAGUCUUGCAGCACGAGGAGCGCCGCUGCCAAUACCUGACCAGGGAGGCCAAGCUGAUCUUAGCUAUUCAGGAUGAAGUGUCUGCCAUGUCAGAAACCACAGAAGGGCCACAGUCACCUUUUCAUCACAUCCUACCCAAGUGCAAACUGGCCAGAGAUCUCAAAGAGACAUAUGACAGUCUCUGCACAACAGGGGUGGUCCGUUUACAUAUCAACAACUGGCUGGAAGUGAGUUUCUGCCUGCCUCAUAAAAUCCAUUAUGUCGCCACAAACUUUAUACCCCCUGAAGCAAUCGAGAGAAGCCUGAAGUCUAUCAGGCCGUACCAUGCCUUAUUACUUUUAAAUGAUGAGAAGUCAUUGCUUAAUGAGCUCCCGUUGGACUGCUCUCCUGCCCUGGUGAGAGUAAUUAAAACUACCUCUGCUGUGAAGAAUUUGCAGCAACUGGCUCAAGAUGCUGACUUGGCAUUGCUGCAGGUUUUCCAGCUUGCUGCACAUCUCGUUUACUGGGGAAAAGCAAUUAUUAUUUAUCCGCUGUGUGAAAACAAUGUCUACAUGCUUUCUCCAAAUGCCAGUGUCUGUCUUUAUUCUCCAUUAGCAGAUGCGUUUUCUUGUCAGUUCCGGGGCCACAACCUGCCGUCGAUGCUUUCCAAGUUCUCCCUCCCAGUGUCACUCUCAGAAUUCAAGAAUCCACUCGCACCGCCCGUUCAGGAGACUCAGCUCAUUCAAAUGGUGAUAUGGAUGCUCCAACACCGGCUUCUUAUUCAGCUUCACACUUACGUCUGUCUGAUGGUGCCACCAAACGAGGAGGAUUUCCGAGCCCAAGAUGAAGACAUGCCCUUCACUGCCAGAGUUGGAGGACGAAGUUUAAGCACCCCCAACGCUCUCAGCUUUGGUUCGCCAACUAGUAGUGACGACAUGACUCUGACAAGCCCUAGCAUGGAUAAUUCCAGUGCUGAGUUGAUACCUGGUGGGGACUCACCCCUAAAUAAAAGGAUGACAGAGAAUCUUCUAGCAAGCUUGUUGGAACAUGAGCGGGAAGCUAUCCUCAAUGUCCCUGCUGCCCAAAAUCCAGAAGAUCUUCGCAUGUUUGCAAGGCUGCUGCACUAUUUCCGAGGCCGACACCACUUGGAGGAGAUCAUGUACAACGAGAACAUGCGUCGCUCCCAGCUGCUGAUGCUGUUUGACAAAUUCCGCAGCGUGCUGGUGGUCACCAGCCAUGAAGACCCUGUGAUUUCAGUUUUUCAGUCCCUCUUAAAAUGACUGUACUGGCAAAGGAAGGGAAACUUUUGAUACUCUUAGUCUAAAAGAGGUCUAAAAACUAAAGGAGGUGAAUUCAAUUCCUUCUUGCCAUGUCACAUACAGCAGGUUUUCCCCCUCCGUGCCUCAAUUUCCCAUCUGCUCCCCGUGGUGACAGCUGAAGACAGUCUGUAUGAGGGCUCCAGAGUCUGCAGCAGGACAGUGUGCACUUGCUCAGCCUGGAUUCCUGCUGCGCCACGUUCACAGCACGAGAGCUGCUGGUUCACACCCCUUCCCUGACCCUGCUCCCUCCCCAGGGCCUGUGGGAGAGGGCCAAGAACACUACUGCAGUGUUCCUGACAGCACUUCGCCCUUGGGUGGACACUGGUGCAUCAGAAGUGCUUUCCUGCUCUCCAACACGCCUGCUGGGUGAUUCAGCCGCAAGCACCGCCGGUGAGCAGCCCGGCCCCACGGCAGAGCGCGCACAGGCUCUGCUCCAGGGCGGAGAGGUGUUGGCCUGGCUUUUAGGGAAACGUCCCUGGGCGCCGAGGAAUUCUGUUUGAUCACCGUUAUCUGGCAGCGGUGAGGACAGAGGUAGGAAGGCAAA